AUUGACUCAUUAAAAUCUCAUAAUGGUUCAGCAGUACUUAAAUUUGAACCAUUUAUUAUGCACGUGUUAUGUUCUACUAUGGAGAGUGCUAAAAAAUUACAUGCUAUAGGAAUUCAGUCUGGCUUCAGGAAUUCAGGAUUAACAGUAGGUAAAAGUGGAAAGAUAACUAUGGCAAUAAGAGGAACAUUGUCCUUAGAAAUCCCCUUAUCUCAUAAUGGUGUUUGGCUGGUUUCUGAUGAGGUAAUCAAAUUAAAUAAAUUGUAUAACAGUGUUAUAAUGGAUAUAAUUCAUUUAUGUAAGGUCUUUAAUUAAAUAUAUGUUGUAAAG